AUGCAAAUAUGGAAUGUGGAAUGGCAUUUGAGCUAUUUGAAAGGCUUUAAGCAUGAAGUUUGGAAAACUGUAAAACUUUUCGAGCACUCGAUAUAUCGUAUAAACGAAAAGCAUGAAGAUGUGGAUUCAUGCCUCGAUCGUUCUUCUAUGUGUCUUUUGCCCGAAAUUUGCCUUGGUAGGAAUUUAAAGGGAUUAUCAACAGCAUGCGUCUAUCGUGAUCGCAGUGUUUUAAAUAUGGAUUGCAAUGGCGCUAAUUUCAUCGAAAGCGAUGGAGGCGCAUUUGUGUGUAAAGGGCAUGAAGAUUGCUAUGAUCUAAGGGAACCGCAGCAGUGGUGUCGACCACCAACAUUAUAUUCAUGGACGUGA